AUCAUUUAAUGUAGUUGGAGUUUGAUGAAUUUGCAUAUUUGCUGAGUAUUUUCUAUUUUUCCGAGAUAUUUUGGGUUUGCAUAUUGUACUAAAUGAAUUGUAUGUAUGUAGCUUGGUGCAUGACAUCUAAAAAUGAGUUUCCCCCCUGUGGUUAAUGCAGCUCGUGACAUCAUUGUUUACAGACUGUAGUAGAUUAAGUAAAGUGGAGUAAGCGAAUACAAGAUUGCGAACGAAGAGACCGUGGAAUGUAAAUAGUAUGCCGUUGUCAGCCAGCGAAGCUCGAUAACGUGAUCAAGUCAGUCAGUAUCUUUUCGUAAAAAUCUAAAUUCGCUCUUUAUUGGACCAACAACAGGCUGAAUUUCACGACUUUUUUUUGUUGCCAUUUACGCUGUCAACUGGCUUCAUGGUCUGGUACAAUUUAAGAAUAUGGUUACUCGAAUUCUCCAGCUGAUAUAAUGGGACGAGGCUAAGAAGUCAACCAUACCGCAUUGAUAUCCUAAAAACAUACUGAGUCAUUCAUGUCACGAGGCAAGGGACAAGCUUGACCAGCUCCAUCUCCCUUGUCACUUGUCCAUCUUUCUGGUGUAUUCCCUUGUAUAGUCAGGAAAAACACAACUUUUAUAACCAGAUAAGUUUUGCCUCCCCCCAAAGAUAACUUUGCUAUAAUUUACAGAUGUAGCUUGCCAGAAGCUAUGAAACCAAACCUAUCUGUCAGGGAGCUGUAGAUAUCUUACUGUAUAAUGGACAGAGGCAGUGCUGAAAAUUAUCUGUAAGAUAAUUGUAGUUUUGUUAAGGUUACAUAUAUAUAUAUUUUGUGUAAAGAGCAUUAUCUUUUGUUAGAGGAAAGCUUGUAGAGUUUUACACUUUCACUAAAUUUACCAGAAGCCCAUGUGCAAUGUCAUAAAGGUAACCUAGUUGUUAUCUGACACCCCACACUUGAACUGAAAGAAAAUGUGCAAGUAGAUAGCUAAGGCCGUAUGAAAUCCACUCUGUCUUACAGUCUGAAUGACAUAACCGACAGAGCGUCUGUGGAUUCUGCUGUAGCCGUCCAUCAACCCUGUUUUGCAAACUAAGGACACUGUUACUCAGGAAUACCAGGGAACUGCUUGUCGAGUAGAUUUCCCUCAAGGUUCACCUAGAAGGUCACUGCCAACUUUUAAAGCCGUGAAUAUACUUAAUGUAAAGGGCUGAGUUUGUUUUUCUAUGCUUAUACAGCCUAAGCCAGAAGUAGUCUUUACCGACGACUUGGCCUUAUUUUCUAUUGAUUAAGUGCUACAUUGAACAUUGCCCAGCUAUGGCGGAUUCUGGCACCGAGAUAGUCGGAGGAGAUCUCCUGAGCGUUGUCAAAGAUGACUGCUCUCUGACAGAGGCCAUUUCUGAAGAGGGCGGCCUUACACCAGGGUCCUCUGUGGCUAAAGAAAGCCACAAAGCAGAGCCCUUGGACCAUGAAGAUUCCACCAAAGUCCCAUCAGUCAAGACCCCAAUUAUGGAAGCAGAAGGUUCUGACAAACACAGGAAAACCGCACUCACACCAACCGCCACGUGUACCGCCAUGUCUGAAAACAGCACAACAGAAGACGCUCAAUCCACCCCGCAGAGCCAAACUCUGACAGAAGGGAACGGGGAGAGCUCAGAGGCCACGUUUGGAAGGUCGGACGAGCAUAGCCAGUCUGCUACCACCGACUCUGCCUCCUUCUCCAUCCCCAGCCUGGAGUUCACCGAGGGUAACACAGGGAAUGACGAGCCAUUGUCAUCCUACUCUGCCCUGGGCAUCGAGGGCCGCUCCCCCUCUGCUGACGUCCCCUGCCUGGCCGAUGACGUCCUGGCUGACGCUGCUGCAGCCGCAGGCACGGGAGGAGCCACCGCCGCCCCGGACCCAGAGCCCAUGAUGCCGGCCUACUACUUUGUGAAAUGGAUCACCUGGAAGGAGAAGAAGACACCAAUCAUCACACAGAGUGAGAACGGGCCCUGUCCCCUGCUGGCCAUCAUGAACACCCUGUUUCUACGCUGGAAGGCCAAGCUACCUGCCCAGACAGAAGUAAUCACCACAGAGGACCUGAUGGCUCACCUUGGAGAGUGUGUAUUGUCCAUCAAACCCAGGGAGAAGGCUGAGGGAAUGGAGCUCAACUUUCAGCAGAACAUGAGCGAUGCCAUGGCAGUUCUACCAAAGCUGUCCACGGGCCUUGAUGUCAACGUGCGCUUCACGGGCGUAUCAGACUUUGAGUACACACCAGAGUGUAUCGCCUUUGACCUGCUGGACAUCCCACUCUACCAUGGCUGGCUGGUGGACCCUCAGAGCCCUGAGAUGGUGGCAGCGGUGGGAAAGCUAAGCUACAACCAGCUGGUAGAGAAAAUCAUCGACUACAAGCAUUCGGCCGACAGCAGUCUAGUCAGUGAAGGUUUGGUGGCAGAGCAGUUUCUGGAGUCCACAGCGACCCAGCUGUCGUACCACGGACUUUGUGAACUCAACUCUACAGUCAAGGAGGGCGAGCUGUCCGUAUUCUUCAGAAACAACCACUUUAGCACUAUGAUAAAGCACAAGGGCCACCUGUACCUGCUGGUGACAGACCAGGGCUUCCUGCAGGAGGAGGGGCUGGUGUGGGAGAGCCUGCACAACGUGGAGGGCGACGGCAACUUCUGCGGCUCAGACUUCCGCCUGUGCCACCCACCCCAGAGGAGCGUCCUCGUGACACAGCCCGACGACCUCACGCCCCAGCAGCAGCAGAGACAGAUCGACCAGGACUACCUGGUGGCCAUGUCUCUGCAGCAGCAGCAGGGGGAGGCCCCGGGGCCCCUCAGUGACCUGGACCUGGCCAGACGGCUGCAGGAGGAGGAGUACCAGCAGCAGCAACAACAACAAGGUCCCUCCCAGGCCCCAGCACAGCAGGGGAGAGGUCAAGCGGCGGCCCAGCCGGGAGGUCCGAGGAGACGGGAGAAAAAGGAUGAUUCGGACUGUGCCAUAUUAUAGCGACACCUAACCUUUCCCUAGUCCCCAUGAUCUCCCUCUGAUUUAAGCCUGCACUUCAUUGCAUUAAGCCAACCCCUAACACACACACACACACAGUUAGGGGAUUGUGCCCCUGCCACCUCAAUGCCAAACCGACCCCUCACACUAAGCCUAACCUUGAGGUUGUAGCUCACUCACUGCCUCCCCACCUCUGUUCUCCUUUGAGCAUCCAGGCCAGGAGGUGGCAGUACUAGUCCCGCUUCGCUAGAACACAGAAUAUAAUCUAAAUGUGAAUUGAGGCAGCAGAGAGGAAUUCUAGUGAAGUUGGUGGGUUACAGUAGCUGAGAGUCAUCCAAGACGCAUCACAACCCAGGUAGAGUCAUGAAACGCAUCAGUCGUCUGCUUCUAUUCAGCUAUCACUGCCCUCCUUGAGAAAUAUGAGAGAAGUUUGUAACUGUGGUCUGGUUUGGUUUCUAUGGCAAUGAGGUAGGCAGCUUUGUAAGAUAAGUGGACAGAAAGUUAAGGUCUAAAUUAAAAAGCAGUCACUACAGCUCUGACCAACUGAUGCAUCUUAAAAUGGAUGCUGCAACUUUUGAAAUUGCAAAUAGGAUAUGCAAAAAAGUUUGGUUAAAUUUAGAGCACAAAGACAACUCUCUGCUACCCUCUUUCGCCACCUGCACAGCCUUAGAAAGCCCUGUUUUUAAGCAAACUCUCGAGUAGUCGCCAUCUGACGCAUUUACGCCAUGAUGGAAACUCGAGUACAUUCCUGUCCUAUACAGAACGAUGCACAAUUAUGCCUGGGUCAAGAAGAGGACUCUGCAAGCCGACAAACGAACGAAGAGAUAGCCUUGAGGGCCGUGUUCCCAAAAGUCCUAUCUGCUAGAGUAAGCAUGGGCUUUAAUUGCCCUGUCAUAUAGUGUACUGUGCUGUAGUUAGUAGCAGGGAAGAAUUAUGCGAAAGGAGAAUGGAUAUGGACAAUGAAGUUCUGCUGGAGCAUCUUUUGUGGAUGACUUUUAAGAUCAGUGGGGGGUUAAAGAUGACUAUAUGGGAGUAAGAGAAGAAGAGUUGCAGUAAAGGUCCAAUGCGGCUGUUUGUAUCGCAAUUUAAAAUCAUUUCUGGGUAAGAAUGAAAAUGGUCAAAAAGAAACACAUUUCUCAAGCAAGAAUUUUGAUAGGACUGGUCUGAGUGGGAGGGAAAAACUGAAAACUAGCGAUUAUUGGCAGAGAGGUUUGGAACUCUCGUUCUUAUUGGUCUAUUAACAAAUGUCAGGCAGGCCAAAAUGUCAUCCCACCACCACAGGCUGACAUUUCAGAAUUUAACAGUAUUAUUCCAACCUCAUAGUGUGGAAAUAUAUACUGAACAAAAAUAUAA